AUGUCUAUUACAACUAUUUUUAAUGUUGUAUAUGUUAUUCGACAUGCUGUUUCAACUGAAAAUAAUGCAUUUAUCACACCGUCAAAAAUAUCUCUUAUAGGAAAUUCUCUAGCAAAUGCAUCAGAUAAUCAAUCAGCCACAACAUAUGGUUUACUGGAUGAAACUUAUCAAAUGUUUUUACAAGUGUUUACCGCUAAUAUUAUGAUGAUAUUAGAUCGUCGCAAUACAUCUUCAUCGUAUUGUCCACUUAUACCAUCUAAUUUAAAAGGUCCAAUAAUGAUACAAGAACCACCAGAAAAUUUUUCUCUUUUAGACAUAUCACCAUACUAUCCAGAAGUUCAACAUGGUGGUCACUAUCAUCCAAAAAUAUGUGUAGCUCGUCAUAAAAUCGCUAUUAUUGUACCAUAUCGAGAUCGUUGGGAUAUUUUAAGACGUUUUCUUUUUCAUACACAUGAAUUUUUACAACGACAACAAUUAGAUUAUCGAAUAUAUGUAUGUGAACAAGCAUUUGAUAGUACAUUUAAUAAAGGUAUUGUUAUGAAUAGUUGUUUUAAAGAAAUUUUAAACCUUGAACCAAAUACACCAUGUUUUAUAAUGCAUGAUGUGGAUUUAUUAUUAAUUGAUGAUCGAAAUAUGUAUACAUGUCCAUUAUAUCCACGUCAUUUAAGUGUUGCUAUUGAUAAAUUUGAUUUUUAUUUACCCUAUCCAGAACUUGUUGGUGGUGUUUUAGCUAUGCGUCGUGAGCAUUAUAUACUUGUUAAUGGCUAUUCAACUAAUUAUUGGGGUUGGGGUGGUGAAGAUGAUGAUAUGUAUAAACGUAUUACUAAGAAACAUUUAAUUCUUGAACGACCACCAGCAUCUAUAGCACGUUAUAAAAUGUUAAAACAUACACAUCAAAAAUUAAAUCCUUCGCGUAUGAAAGUUUUACGUACAGCACAUAUUCGUAUUGAUUCUGAUGGUGUUAAUAAUGUUAAAUAUAAAUUACUUAAUAUAACUUUGCAUCAUCUUUAUACACAUUUUUUAAUUGAUGUUGGUCAACCAAAACGAUCAUAG